CCCCUGGGCUGGGGCCCCGGCCGCUCACCCUGCCCCAGCCAGCCACCUCCAGUCCUGGGUGACCCCUGGCCACAGCCACCCUCGAUCCCACCCUGUGUCUCCAGCUGCCUCCGUAGCUUCUCCUCCCCCCAGGUCCCACCCACGUGCCGGUGUCCGCACAAAACCAGCACCCCUGGGAGCGGGGUGGAGCCGUGGCACAGCGAGCGGAGCCGGCAGGGCCAUGGGAAGGUAAGCGUGUGGGAGCAAGCCAGACGAGAAGCCGCGAGCCCCAGGGAGCUGCUAGCCAGCCAGCAGCUGCUAGCCAGCCAGCAGCAUGGUCUCCGUGGGGCUGCAGCUGCUGGGCUACGCCGUGGCCUUUCUGGGCUACAUAGGCACGCUGACGGCCACGCUGCUGCCCAGCUGGAAGGUCAGCUCCCACAUCGGCUCCAGCAUCGUCACGGCCGUGAGCUUCACCAAGGGGCUGUGGAUGGAGUGCGCCACGUACAGCACGGGCAUCACGCAGUGCGACAUCUACAGCUCCCUGCUCAACCUGCCCGCCGACGUCCAGGCGGCCCAAGCCCUGAUGGUCAGCUCCUGCACCGUCUCCUCCCUCGCCUGCCUGCUCACCGUCGUGGGCAUGAGGUGCACGAUCUUCAACCAGGGCUCGCCGGGCAAGGACCGGGUGGCGGUGGCCGGCGGCGCAGCCUUCAUCCUGGCGGGGCUGCUCUGCUUCAUCCCCUUGGUGUGGAACAUCCACGCCGUGCUGCGGGACUUCUACAACCCCGUCCUGCCCGACAGCAUGAAGUUCGAGCUCGGGGAGGCACUUUACCUGGGCAUCAUCUCCUCCCUCUUGUCCUUCAUUGGUGGCUUCAUCCUCUGCACCUCCUGCCCUGCCCGGGACACAACCGUCACCUACUCGAACGCCCAGCAGCCCCGGCUGCUGGCAGGCAAGAGUCCCCCGCCCUCCGUCAGCCAGAUACAGAAGACCAAGAGUGAAGCCAACUCCUACAACCUGACAGGAUACGUGUAGCAGCUGUGGGUGGGAACGGGGCUGGCACCUCUCCUGCCUCCCCAAAGCAUCUGGGCUGGCACCAAGGGAGCACGGUAAGAAGAGUGGACAUGGUAGCAUCUCCCAUGCUCAGCCCUCUCUCUCUCUCACAUGCCUGGGGGGCUUGAUUCCACUCUCUCCCCAGAGACCCUGAGAGCUAUGUGACUGCUCAGAUAACCCAGCUGGUGGCUUACAUUGGUGAAGAACUCCAAAUCCAGCUUCUGUUUCCUCCUCCGUGCUGCUAGCUCACAGGCAGCCCCUGGCACAGUUGGACCCCAGCCUGCAGCCCCAACAAACCUGCCU